AUGAAUCAAUAUUCUUAUAAACAUGGUUAUCUUUAGACCAAAUCAUUGUUUUGGAUUUCUAAUUAUUAUUAUUUGGAUCAUAAGCAUUUCUUUAAAUUUGAAAAUGAUUAGGUAAAUAUUAAUUCAAGUUUGAGUCACAUUCUCCAAUUGAAGUUAUUAAUUUGGAAUAAGCAAAAGUUGAAGGACCAGAAAAGGUUGAUGAUUUAUUUUAUUUCACAUUGAUUCAUAAAGAAUAUUCAACUAUAUAUAGAGCUAUUUCAUUGAAAGAUGCAGAAGAGUGGGUUGCUCAACUUAAACUAUCAAUAGUAAUCAUUAUUCUUAAAAAAGAAUUUAUUAGAAGUUUAACCAGCUUUGAUUAGCCAUCAUACAUUACAUACAACAAUUGAGGAUGAUGCUAAUGAUGAAAUAGAGCUUUUAUAAUAAAAUUAAAAUUGGAAAUUACACAAGAUAUAUGAUAAACUUCGAAUGUAUUAUUCAAAUGAUAGUAAAUUUAAUUAUCUGAAAGGUGAAUGGACUAUAGGAAAAUCUAUAAAAAUGAUUAAGAAAAUAUUUAUAAAUGAAAACAAUUUAAUUUAUUUUUAGCCAGGUUUAAAGAAUCAUUAAACUAUAAAUUCAAAUCAAUUUUAACAAUAAUAUUCUUUAAGUUGUGGUAAAUAAAAGAAGCAUAAACAUUAAACUCAUAUUCAUUUAACUUAUUAAAGAAAAUAAUAAAUAAAAUCAACUUAUUUUAUUAUUUAAAGGAAUAUAUUAAAUUCUCAAUUAUUAACAGUAAUAUAUAAUCAAUAAAUAAAUUAGAUAAAUUUUUAAUUAAUUGAAAAUGAUAAACAUGUAAAUUAGACACAAUGUUAAAUUAUUAUUAUUAUUAAAAAGUCUAAUGAUAAAUUAAUGCACAAAUUUGCAAAAGAAUAUAUAAUUAAUCACUAAAUAAUAAAUUAUGAAUUUGAUCAUGUAUUUAUAAUUAUAUUAAUUAGAUAAUUGAUAAAAUUCAAGAGAAAUCUGAAAUCGUGUAAUAGACAUAAAAUGAUACAUUAUAACAAAAUAAAAUUAAUGGUUUAGAAAUAUAUUUUCUACCUAAUGAUCGUUUGGGAUUUUAGGAUGUUAACCCUAAUAGAAAUCAUCCUGCAUUGUAAAAUGAAGAAAAACAUUUAAGAUUUACUUAAUUAAAUGUAUUUUAUAGUUUAUACAAAAAUAUAGGAUAAAGAAAAAGAAAUAUUGAAUUAAUUCAGAGUUAAAAUGAAAAAUUUGGCAUUGAAUGAUAAUGCAUUGAUUCGACAUCUUUAAGCUAGAUAAUUUGAUUUAAAUGCAUCUGAAAAAAUGCUUACUGAUAUUUUAGAAUGGAGAAAAUAAAACAAUUUAAAUUCUUAUGACUAUAGAAAAGAUAAAUAUGACUAUUUUAGAAAAUAAAAUAUAUUGAUUAUGCUAGGAGAAGGCAAAGUAAUAAUUAAAUUUAUAUUAAAUAGAUGGGAUAUCCAAUAUUUUAUAUAAGAGCUGAAAAUCUAUUGCCUGAUGAAUAUAAGGAACCUAAUCCAACGAUUGAAAUUUUUAUUGAAUAUUUCUGCUGUUUGAUGGAACAUAAUAUUAGUAAGUAAUAAAUAAUGUGUAAUAAUGUAUAACAGUAUGAGAGGACAUAUUGAUU